AAUCAUCGAUGUUCGUCUCGUUUUUUAGUGCAGCGAAAAAUAUCGAAUUACAGUGUUUUGGUACUCUAACAAAAUUUCUGACUAUGUCUUCGUUACUUGUUGCAAUAAAGUGUCAUCUUCUUGGCUGCAAUCGAAAAAGUGUUUUUUUAAAAUAGCCUUAGUGUUUGGAAAAUGACCGUAUUUAUUAUUCUAUCGCGUGUGAGUAAUUUUGUGAUUUUGGAUAUUUCAUAAUCCUCGGAAUUUCCAAGGAAACGUCACACAGAGGUAAAAAUGUUAGGAAUCCCCACAAUUCUCCCCCUUCCAAAGGUGUUUAGGGCACACUGGAAGGGAGGAUUCGACUUUAGAUGUUUCAUCAGACAACUCAUCAGUCUUCAUUCACCAUUCUCAACUUCUCGAUCACGCUUAACGUUCAGUCGUCAAACAACACAACUCCAAAAAAUAAACCAGUCGACUCGGAAAAUUAAUUUGUCUCAAAUUUACGAUCACUGACGAAAGAUUUAUAAAUUAUCGGACACCUCGUACCGCAACAAGGAUUUCGUGAAAGAAGAGCCGUCCUUGGGGACUCGAUUUCUCUAUGGCGGUUCAGUACUUCGUGGAAUGUCCCUUGGGUAAGAACGCGCUUAGACGGUCGAAUGUUCCUGGAAAAUGGAGGAGAACCGCGCGGACCAGUCAAAAGUAAAAGCGAGCGAGAGUGGAUCGAGUGAAAUGGAUCUCCUAAGUUUGACCAUCAGAUCCCUGGAUUUGAGGAGCUUGACGCCACAGAGCGACGGUUUUCUAAAUUUGGAAAAGGACUCUGUGAGCGAGGAGGAGCUCAGAACGGCCGAGAAGGAAAAAUCGAAGGGCUUUAGGACCAUCAGUUUGGACGAAGUAGCCUGGCACGAUACCGCCGACAAUUGUUGGGUCGUCAUUUACGAUUUCGUUUACGAUUGCACGGACUUUUUGAGAAAUCACCCGGGUGGAUCGGACGUGAUACUCGAGUACGCAGGCAGGGACGCCACAUUGGCCUUCAUCGGCACUGGACACUCGAGAGCCGCCAAACGAAGCUUGGAGAGGCUCCGCAUAGGCGAACUUCCGCCGGAAGAGAGGAUCUUCCGCGUCCCCGAUGGCGUCAAAGUUCCCGAAUUCUAACGCGCCAUUAGAGACUCCCAUUGAAUAAGUUGCAAUAAGUUUGAGUAAGUUUUGAUACGUCACACAGUGCAUAGAAAUUCAAGUUAAUGUUUUAUUUCGUCGAGUAAAGAAUUAAAUUUACGAAAUCAGUAUUUUGGUAUAAAUGUUAUCUGCUAGGGUUAAUUGUACGGUCCGUUUAGUAGGGAAUUUAAUUUUAACACAGAAUUAGAAAUAUAUGUGAUAUUGUUUGUGUCGGUUGAUUUUUAACCGUAAAGUAUUCGUAAAUACUAAAAAUAGUGAUAGCUUAAGUUUACGAGGAAUUACAAUUAGGAAAUUAGUGGAUUUUUUAGUAUUUUAGAAGAUUUGAAUUUGACUUGCAAUUUAAUCAUUAAAUCGAUCAAUAUUUUUUAAUUAGGACAGAUUAGCGUAGGUUUACCAGGUUCCAAUAAUCUGCUGGUGUAUUAUUAAUAGGCAUUAAACCUGUCGAUCGACCUGUGUAGCGUGCUAUUAAUAUACGCUUGAUUAUUUUUAACGCCGAUCUCUGUUCUGAAUUUCUUCUAUUUUAAGUCUAUGGAAUAUUAAAAAAUUGUU